AAAGCCGUUUUGUCCAUAAUGGUAUAUAAACGCUCCUCUUAACGAGACAAUUCCAGUUUAAAUAAAAACAGUGUUAGAGAUGAAACAAAUAAGAUCGUUUAUUUUAGUUUGUUUCUUAUUUGCCGAGUCAAUUUGGGGGGCAAACUUACCUAACUAUAUCACAAAAUGUAGCCUUUCCGAUGAAUCGUUUUCAAAAUGUGCAAUUUCUAGUGCAAAUAAAGCGAUUUCUAGAAUAGUAAAAGGUGAUAAAAAGUAUAAAAUUCAAAAUUUAGAUCCGAUUAUUAUUCCGGAAGUAAAAUUUGAGGUAAAUUCAAAUUCUAGGUUGAUAUUAAACAACGUUACCACAAGUGAUUUGAAAAAUAUUAAAGUAACCGAGUUUAGCUUGGAUCCAGUAAAGAAAACUUUAGAAAUACAAGGAGUUAUCGAUAGAUUAGAAAUGAUAUCUAAUUAUGAUGCUCUCGGUGUGUUAUUAUCAAUUCCAAUAAAAGGAAACGGAAAAGGAAACACCACGAUUGUGGAAGGUUCUUACACGUACCGGGCAAAUUACACAUUAAAGCCAAAACAUAAUGAGGAAUAUUUAGAAAUAACCAGUAGAAAAUUUGAUUUUAAAAGUAAAAGAACUUAUUUUUAUAUGGAUAAGCUUUUUAGAGAUAAUCAACAGUUAAAUGAUGAAUUUAAUAAAAAUCUCAACGAAAAUUGGGAUGUAAUCGCGAAAGAUGCCUUUCCCUUUUUUGGAUCUGUUAUGGAAUCGGUUACAGAAUCUGUUUUAAAUGGAAUUUUUAAAAAUGUGCCUUUCAAGGAUAUCUUUUUACCUUAAAAUGUGUUAUAAUACAAAAAACUCCUUUAUAAUUAGAAAAAAUAUAAAGAAAUUUCAACAAAAA